UGAAAAUGCAUACAGAUCGCUCACCACAGCCGGCAAGCAUAUACCUGCAAGAAACAGAGCCAUGGUAUGCAGGCCGAGUGUAUGCUAGGUAUUGGAAGCAUUACAGUCAAGGAAUGCAGUGGCUGUACAGGCAUAAGAGAGCAUACAGAAUGGCUGUGGCAUCUCUCUAUUAUCCUCCCUGGUACCUGGCUGAAAUCCCUCAGGCUGGUCGCUAUGCUGAUUGGGAAGGGGAAUCCUCUCCUCCAAGCACCUACACAGGCUCUCAAAAACAGUCACACAGGCCACGUCCAUGUCUAAAGGUAUCUUCUUCAAAAGACAAGGAAUCUGAUAUGGAGCAGGAAGCUGCUGCAUCAACUGAUUCUGAUGAAGGUGGAAUAGAAUGUGACAUGAGCAACAUGGAGAUCACAGAAGAGCUACGCCAAUAUUUUGCACAAACCGAGAAACACAGGGAGGAACUAAAGAGGCAGCAGCAGCUGGAGGCAGAAAUGCAUGAACAGUAUGUAGAUGCAGGUCAUGACCUCCACAUCCCCACAAAACGAUCCACACAACCUCCUUCUGAGCGGCCCGGAGAAAGGCGCAGAAUAGAGAUGAAGAAACUUUAUGGAGAGGAUGCAGCUAAAAUCCAAGGAAUGGAAACUGCCAUACAGCUCAAUUUUGACAGACGGUGCGAUAAGAAACAGCCCAAGUACUGGCCAAUCAUCCCAUUAAAGUUAUAAUCCUAUAGACUACGAUCAGAACACUUAUGUAAUGUUAUUGUCAGACACUGCAGCUGUAUCAACAUGUGCAUUUAACCAAGUGACUUAUGUUUUCCAUCAGUUACCUCUACAUCAUUAUAGCAAUAGCUAAAUGCACUUAUGAACUGUAUAGUUUCAACAAAUAAAGUAUGAUGGUUUUUUUUAUAUUAUUCCUGCCUGUUCAGGAUUUUAUAUAUAAACCUAGCUUGCAUAUUAUUGAUUUUUCUCACCGUGUAAUAACAAA